AUGGAGACCACAUACCCUGAUAACCAUGAUUCUACCGUGACAUCAGCUCCUCCUGGAUCCGGCCACUGGCAGCCUGCAUUGCGCCCCGAAACACUUGAAGAACAUGACCAUGAGUUCCACGCCGAUAGCCACCUGGACACGAAGUCAAGAGGUUCCGUCAGUAUCGAGACGCAAACAAUCCCACCAACGCCAGUCGUGGUGCAAGAAGAUGCUGAUGUUGCUACGGUGGAGGGAUCAUCCUCAGCCCGGGCAAUGGUAGAAUCAGACACAAUGGGGACAAAGCAGCAUGCGGACGAACCAUUGUCGUCUUCACCAAUUCAGGCAUGGGCAUAUCAUUCGGUCACCGUGGGCAACGGGGGUGAUGAGCUACCGUCCGACGACGACGAUGAGCGCUUGGAUCCUGCUUGGGGAAUACAGCGAUUGGAUACAUCCCAUAUUCUAGACACCGUCCAUCGUUCAGCGACGUUUCCUGACGUCUCAACGCCUGAAGUUUCGGACAACCGCAAUGACGAGCCUGCGCAUGAGGAACCCGUGCAAAUAACGAACAAAGAAACGCAGCAACCCCAGGUCACAGAGCAGAACGGGGUUGUCGCAGAGCCGCGGGCCUUGGAUUGGCUUGAUGAUAGUGAUGAAACAAACCGUGACUCACAGCCUUGGACGGUGCCAGAGCACAUGGAAGCACCUGAUGAGGUGGCAGAACGCUUUGAGGAAGGCGUCCCUUUGAUACACACCGAAGAAAAAGCUGUCGAAAACGGGCAUCAUACAAAUGACGAACCUUCAACCAAUCCCUUCGAGACGGCAGCCGACGAUGAAGAAGCGGCGUUCUUCUCCAGCAUCAACGAUUCCACAACUGAUUCCGAACCUCGUCAUCUUGACAGGAAAUCCACUACGCAAGUACUGGACUCCCUGCACUUUUCCACUGAGGAAAAAUCAGGGACUGCCCCUCCAGCGGAAAAGGCAGAGCCUUCGUUCUUUGAUGAGGUGGCGAAGGCGCAGAAUGCGGCUCCUGAUAACCCGCCGGCGGAAGAAGUCGAUGCAAUGUGGGCGGCCGCACUUGCGGACGAUGAGUUUCUGGUCGAAGACGCGGAUGAUCUCCUCCCGGAGUCUGAGCCUGGUUCUCCCUCGUCUUUCAUUGCGUCCUUACAAGACUCUGCCACACUGCCCGACGACAAGCUUGAUAUUUCUACACCACAGCCUCCCUCCAACUCUACCAUCCAACAGAAUCCCAUUCGACCGCAGCGGCCAACGACUGCUUAUGCUCCUCAUCAGCCAUCCACCUCAGACCUCUUUCAGUUGUCACCUACCACGCACAACAGCGUUGGCCUCUCCAGACCGCAACUAGCUCCCUUAGGCUCGUUUCAGUCCCAUCUACAGACAGACGCUCCAACUCAACGCACGCAGAGUUUUGUGGACCAGGCCAAGGAUGGUUACAAGUCGCCCUACGAUCUACCGAUGGAUAUUGCAAAACCCAGACGGAGAGCGCAUGUUCCUCAACCUGUUCAGACGACGCGGCCUGUGGCCCCGCCACCGAGGACUAGCAGCCUAUCUGAAUACCCUCUCCAGUCACCCUUUUCUCCAUAUGCUCCCCCAGCAACCGCGUCCGGAUCGAUACCUCUGCCUCCCCCGGGGCCUUCACCAGCACUUCCUCCUCGGAGUGUCUCGGCGUUUGAACAGCCUGCCAAACCCGAGAGACCGAAGCCUGCGUCAAGUUCUUCGAGCUUUUUUGUGGAACUGCCCGUCAGCUUCAAACCGAGGCAUCAUACGAGCCACGUUCCGCACCAACCUGCCUCCGUUCCUCCGCCACAAAGUCUUCCGCAGAGUCAGCCCAUCAUGCCUCUAUCACCUCCACCAACACAAUCUCCUCCUCGCAGUUCUGAUCCCUAUGCGCAGUAUCAGCUUCGUGCGCCCGAGCCCCUUGAUCCGUAUGCAAACGUGCCACUAGAGCCACCUGCUCCGGCGCCCUCGACCUUGGCCGCGAGAUAUUCGCCAGCACCUGUCAAUUCAGCCCAACCUCCGCGGACUGGGCCUUCUCCCAGGUAUUCCCCGGCGCCUCCAUCUCAAACCUCUUCCACACAUAUUGCACCCCGGUAUGCUUCCAAGCCCACGUCAACUCCACCGUCUCAGGCACCACCGACGGCGCCGAAUAGAUAUGUGUCACAACCUCCUCCUCACCCCCCUUCGACUGCCAACAUCCUCGCUUUCCAGCCUCGUACGUCCAGUCCUCUUGCAUACCACAAGAGUUCCAUCGAUGAAAGUGCGAAUGGUGUGCCAAUUCCACCGACUCAGAUACCCAAACCCCGUCAAGGGUCCACUACCGGGUUUGUUUCGCCCCAUAGUAUGCCAAUCCACGAAGGUAUCAGUCUUGCCGAGCCCAAUGUUGUUGGCUCACCACCACGGCGUCCUCCUCCCGAACGGUUACCACCUCCGCGGCGAUCACAGACACAAUCUCCGUCCAGGUACCGACCACAGCCAGGCUUUCCUAUCUAUAACAACGAUGCAAUUGAUCGUCCAGUUUCAGCCUAUGGUCAACCGCCAUUGAACCGGUCUUUGACACAAUUUGAUUCCGUCCCACCAAGGCCAGAUGUUCAUCCAAGAGGAUCAGUGCCGGAACUGGAGUUCGUGCGACCACAAGACGACACGCAAUUUGAUCCUUUGGAACGUUGGAAAGGCGCCCCAGUGUUCAAGUUUGGCUUUGGCGGCUCAAUAGUCACGACUUUCCCGAAGCAUGUUCCCAGAUAUACUGCAGGUACAAGCAGACCUCAAAUCAAGGCGUCAGCAGGAGAAGUGUCGACAAGGAACACGAAAGACAUGCUUCCACAAGUCGACUCGCACGGCAGCUUUCCCGGCCCGCUGAGAUCAAAGUCGAAAAAGAAGGAAGUCCUGGCCUGGAUGUCAAACUACAUAUCUGGCCUUGAGGACUCUAUGCCCGAGGCUGCACCGAAUCAAUCACUUCCAGAUAUGGGAAGACGUCACCAUGAGAAGAUACUGCUUUGGAAGAUAGUACGGGUUCUCGUGGAGUACGACGGUGCUCUCGAUGGUGCGGCCUUGAAAGCGGUCAACCUGAUCUUGGCGCCUGAAGUCCACGCUCUGGAUGAAACGUCCGCUACCCAAUAUCGGGGAGACGAACAGCUAUCCGGAAUCUAUCGUCCUGCCGGGGGCAACAUACAUCCCGAGUCCGUCGAUCCCAUGGCCGUCGAGGUUCUGCGGAAGCGCCUUCUUAUUGGCGAUCGACAAGCUGCGGUAACCCACGCUAUGGACAACCGCUUAUGGUCGCAUGCACUGAUCAUAUCCUCGACCAUGGAUCGAUUGGUGUGGGGCCAGGUUGUGCGAGAGUUCGUCCGUCAAGAAGUCAAGACCGUUGGAACUAAUGCCGAGUCAUUGUCUGCUUUGUAUGAAAUUUUUGGAGGCAAUAUCGAAGAGAGCAUCGAUGAGCUCGUACCGCCUUCCGCUCGCGCCGGACUGCAGAUGGUGAGCAGAGUGGAUACAACCGGGCCAACAAGAAAUGCUCUUGACGGGUUGAAUCGCUGGAAAGAAACGCUCGGCCUUGUUCUGAACAAUCGUUGCCAAGGUGAUCAUCAGGCUCUGGCAGUGCUCGGGAAGCUGCUAGAGGACUAUCACCGGAUUGAAGCAGCACAUAUCUGCUACCUCUUCUCGAGAAACCCUGCGAAACCAGUAAUUGUUGGCGGAGUUGACGACGAACAAACCCCUAUUGUGCUCCUGGGUGCUGACCAUAGAGCACAACCGUUCGACUUUGGUCGCGAUCAUGAAGCGAUUUUACUCACCGAGAUCUACGAAUUUGCCACAAGCGUUCUCGCAGCAGCAUCACCAGUCUCGUUCAUGCCGCAUUUAUCUGUCUACAAACUACAACGGGCGGCGGUUCUGGCCGAAGGAGGCUUGAAAUCGGAGGCUCAAUCAUACUGCGACGCUAUUGCUGCAACCUUCAAGUCUGGCACGAAAACAUCACCAUACUAUCAUCCUCUAUUCUUAGCUGAGCUAGACGACUUGUUGAACCGUCUUAGACAAACGCCCAGUCAAGCUUCCUCGUCCUGGAUUGGAAAACCCAGCCUGGAAAAGGUCUCGGGAUCCGUUUGGAACAAGUUCAGCAGUUUCGUUGUAGGUGAUGACAGUGACGCAGAAUCCAAAGGCUCGGCCAAGGACGCCGCGGAAACCGGGCCAUUUGCGAAUGUCACUGGCACGCCUUCUAUAAGCAGAACUGGCUCUCAAUCCGAUCUGUACGGAUCGUAUCCACCCAGUACGUCUUUUACAGGGUCUCGGUAUGCUCCCAACGGCAUUCAAUCUACCCGCUCGUCUUCGGAGCUGACUCGAGGACGUCCUUCACUGGAUCAACAACGGUCGCCUGCUUCCACUUACUCCCUCGGGAAUCGCCAAUACGAACCAUUGAACAUGUUUCAACAGGCUCAGGCCACACCACCUUCGAACCCAUACCAGGCUCUCGCUACAUCUCCACCUUCAAACUCGUAUCCUCAAAGUCCUCCAAGAUCCUCGUAUAUGCCGAAUCACGUCAAUCAAAUCAUGAGCUCAAAUACGCCUCCAGUGCAUCAACCAACGUAUGUACCUAGUCUUCCAGCUGAAGAGGAUACCCAACAACCUUAUGGGUAUACACCAGAGCCAAUCUCAAACUUCCAGGACCGGGAGCCAGCAGGCUAUGGUAGCUAUGAGCCCGUGCAGCAGGAGCAGGAGCGGACCCAGACCCCUGUCCAGCAGCAGCCGGACGAUGUUCAGAACGGUUAUGAGCCUUCCAGCCAAUCGUACGGCUACGAACCUCCAUCCGGCUAUGUCCCCUAUGAGCCAGAACCCGACUCUCCCGAAGAGGAGCGAAAAGAGACGAAGCCCAAGAAGAAGUCAAUCAUGGACGACGACGAUGACGACUUUCCUCCUGUGACUGCUCAAGCGCCACCACCUCAAGCUCCUCCGCCUCAAGGUAAACAAUCCGCUGGCGAGGACGAAGACGCCCGUCGACGUGCAAACGAUGCGGCUGCAGAGGCGGCGUUCCGUGCAGCUGCAGAAGCAGAUGCCGCACAAGCGAAAGACAAGAACCAAUCCAAAAGGACGUCUUCCUGGUUCGGUGCUUGGUUGGGGGGCAAAAAGGCCGCGGAAGGACUCGACUCGGGAAGCAAGGGUGCCGAGCCGAAGGUGUACAAGGCAAAUCUAGGAGAGUCGAAGAUGAAGUUAUACUACGACAAAGAUCUCGGUAAAUGGGUGAACCCCGACAAUCCAGAUGCCGCGAAGAAGACCGCCACACCUCCGCCUCCGCGUAUGGGCGGGACGCCUGCACCUCCAAUGGGUCCCGGUGGACAUGCUAGGACCCCGGGAUCCGGGCCCACCUCGAACCCAAAUCUGCCGAACAUGCCCAUGCCCAUGCCCAUGCCUCCGCCUUCGGCGCCAUCGAGCAGGACCGGAACACCAGCCGGCGGGCCGAGUUUCACAACAAACGCACCGUCACCGCUUGCAGGGUUGUCGGGUCCACCGAGCGGUACUGCAACGCCACCUCCAGGCGCUGGACCAAGCCAUGGCCUCGCUCCGCCGCCCGGACCCGGCUCUCGUCCCAGCACAGCCACUAGCAAUGCCAGCAGCAUCGAUGACCUCCUCGGGCCAGCGACGGGGCGCAAAGGUGCAAAGGGGGGAAAGAGGGGAGGCAAAGGAGGCCGAUAUGUGGACGUCAUGGCCAAAUGA